AUGUGCAAGGCCACGCUUGUGCAAGCUUUACUGUUUAUGUGUCUGUGCUACCAGAAUUUAUGGAUUACUUAUGGCGCUACACUUUCUCCUCUGCGAAUUAGUCAUCCUGUAAAAUCGCAACAAAGAAAUAAUGAAUAUCUACCACCCUUCACGGCGGAGACGGAGGUUGAGAAAUCCAUCAACUACAGUUCCAACACAAUCCGACCACCUACCACAUACCAAGCACAACAAGCGAACAAAAUCCACCAGCCAACACAACAGUUUGCCAGCAAAAACUUAAGUAACACACAGCAAGCCACAAAAAAUCUCUACACUUCAUAUGCAGCACCGGCCUCUGGCUCGGCACCAUUUUUAUACUCGCAACCGCUGGCCGCCAAUCAAGUUCCGUUGCCCACGCUAUUUCCCAAGUCCUUGGUGGAGCACCUCUCACCAGCUGCACAAACGCCAACGCAAAUGCAAAUGCAACAGCUACAACAACGGCAGCAGCAGCAACAGCAGCUACAAAAACAACAGCAAUCGUUAUACACUGAUUAUACGAAGCAAUUAACCAGCGAUCUGCCACUCGCCAAUACACCGUUGCUCAUGGUCGAAGAGCCCACAUCGUCCCUGCUGACGCCUAGUCAAAAUCUCACCUUGGAGGCAGCGCGUAUUUUAGCAUCCACCCUAUUGGAAGCCAAUGGUGAAGCGCCGCUAGAAACACCUGGCCUGGCGCCGCUGUCGAAUCCCAGCGCUUUGGAACUGCCAAAUAAGCUCAACAGCACCGAUGUUUUGAUCUUGAAAUCGCAGAAGAACGCCUACAUCAUACCAGCGCCGUUGGCCAAAGAUGCCAGAAACCCGACCAACGCACGAGCGCUCUAUCAAAUGCGCGAUCAAUUGGACAAAGCUUACACCAUAAAUCAAUUUGUGUUCAUCAUAAAACCGGAGCGAAUCAAUUUCUUGAAUAAAUUGGUUUAG